CUCCCCCAAUCCGUCUGCCCCCUCGUCUCGCCGACGCCGACCGACCAGUGGCAUUGACUCCCCCCUCACCGCCCAACCAGAUGGAUGUGGACGGGCCCGCCAAGCCCGCGGCCAACGGCGAGGCCGCCUCCGCCGCGCGCCCCGUGGACGUCGUAUCCGGCGGCGGCGAGGAGGAGGGGGAGGACACGCUCCCCGAGGUGGUCCGCGGCUUCCUCGACGGGGUCUGGUCGUCCCCGGGCGGCGGCGAGCCGCUGCUCGGGCGGCUGCGGGCGGCGUCCUGCGAGGCGGCCCCGCGGCUGCGGGGGGCGUCGCGGAACUCGGCGCGGGACCUGCUCGAGUGGACCAGGCGCGGCAGCGGACUCCGCGCCAUCUUCGUCAUCUCGGUUGGGAGCACCACGCUCAUAGCAUUGACUGGCCUCCUCAUUUUCAUGUUCUUCCUGCUGGUUGCGACCGCUAAUGCCGUCAUUGUCUCGGUCCUGAUGUCAUUGGCGGCUGCUGGAGGGUUUUUGGCUAUCUUCUUUGCUUGCGUAGUUGCAGUGUAUAUUGGAGCAGUGUCAGUUGCUGUCUUCGCCAUUUCUGCCACGGUUAUCUCGGCAAUUGUUGGAGUAAUGAUUGCUACUGGCUGGGUCGGAUUCUUCUGGAUGAUCUGGUUCGCCGCGAGGAAGAGCAUGGACCUGACAAAGCACUCCAUCGGCAUGACGAGCUCGGCAAUCCAGUCGUACUCUGCAUCCCGGCAUGCGAACCAGAAGCCCGUAGACUGAGGAGGCUAGCUCCAGUUUGGUCACGUCCUGUAUGGAGCUUUUGAUCUAUGUGAAUUACAGAUUGCCAGUUUGUAAGAUUGUAGAGGACUCCACGCCUGUUACAGCAGCUCUGUUUCUCCCGGUGACUCGGUGUAUAAUAGCUCAGAGCUUUGUGGCAGCAUGUACGUGUGCCAUGGCGCCUAAUAUAUGUUGUUCUUCAGUAUGGCAUGUGAACAGCUGAACUUGUAGUGAAUAGCCACCGCUGCUUGUCCAUACAGCACUUAUGUUUACGCUGUGAAAGUGGCUAUGUUGUAUGUACAUGACCAUAAAUAACAUCGGAAAUGAACAAAUGGAUGCUUUUUUUGGUU